AAUACUGAACUUAUUGUUGCCUGCGAUGAGUAAAAGUCGCAGUAUGGGCGAAAUUAGGGAGGACGGAUUGAACGAACUAGCAGCGUCCGAGUUGGAGAACUUGGUGUUUUCGGAUAUAUGUCGCUGUUGUAUGGCGAGCAAACCACGCAUGAAACAGCUUUUCUCGAUGAACCUGGACAAAAUGCUGUGCGCCGUAACGGGGAUUAAAGCGGUCCCGAGCGACGGUUUACCGGUGCAGCUUUGCAUACCGUGUGUGCUGGAGAUUCGGAGGGCACACUUCUUCAAGUUGCAGUGCGAAACAACGGAACAGAAGCUCCGCGGUUACUUGAACCAGUCGAUAUUUCUGAAUGCGAUGGAAAACGAGUUCCAGCCGGAAACGGACCAAACGGAACCGGACCAGAGGGAUCAACUGAUCCCGGUAGUGCUGGCAAAGGCAAAGGCGGCUCGGCCAACGGGGAACCGUGGCGGAGCGGAUCAACAAGCGCAACUAGCAGCAGUUCCAUCGCAGGUCACCACGCAGUUGGCCGUGAAAGCGAAGCCCGGCAGCGAUUACACCGAAAAUGAAACGGUGGCAGUUGGCGUGAAGGAGUGCCCGAAGUGCUUCAAGUGGUUCGAAACGGAGAAAAAAAUGAAACGCCACUUGCGGAUACACCUCACCGAACGGCCGCACCAGUGCACCGAGUGCGACAUGUCGUUCGUGGAGAAGUCCAACCUGAGUAAGCACAUGCGGAAGCACACGGGUGAGCUGCGCAACUUGGGGUACAAGCCGCACCUCUGUCCGGAGUGCGGCAAAUCAUUCAAAUACUCCACCUCCCUGUCCCGGCACAAGCGCAUGCACACGAAACGCAACGUAUUCACCUGCCCCGUUUGCGACAAGUUCUACCUCGAGCAGAACACCCUGAACGUCCACAUGCGGACGCACACGAAGGAGCGGCCAUUUUGCUGCGGCAUCUGCGACAAGCGGUUUUCGCAAAAACCCAACUUGGUCCGGCACGAACGCACGCACACGGGCGAAAAACCCUUUAGCUGUGACCAGUGCUUCAAGGGAUACUCGCAGAAGAGCUACCUGGUGGUGCACAAACGAAUCCACGCGAGGGAAAAGCCGUUUGACUGUCCGGACUGCACGAUGGCUUUCGUUUCGCGGAACGCGCUGAUGCGGCACCAACGCUCGGCGUGUUCGGUUCACCCGUAUCGCUGCACUCUGUGCAAGAAAACCUUCCGUUACAAGAAAAGCUUGCGUGUUCACCGGCAGAACCAUCUGCUCGAGAGUCCGCAUGUUUGCAAGUACUGUCCGGUGCGCUGUAUAAGUUUGAAAAAGCUACAAAUCCACACCAAAAAGUUUCACGCCAAGGAUCAUAUAGCUGGCUCGGGGUCGGCCGUAAAAGCCAAUUACAGGAAUAGGGCCCACAAACGAGAUGCAAACAUGCAAUCGGAAGGCGAGGAGGCGUACGAGAUAGAGGAAAACAUCGAUGCAGACUGUGCGGAAACUGGGCGUGCGGUGCAAAGUUCCGAAUGUAGCGCAGCGAACGGCGGCGAAACUGUUAGUUAUGACGAAUACGAAUACGACGAGGAUAGCUACACAAUUGAAUACGUUGACACGACCGAUCCGGAGAUGAAGAAGGAACCACUGUUGGACAUCCAAAUCAUGAAUCCUAGCGAGGAAGGGUCCGACAUAGAGCAGUGAAGACAAAUUGCGCCAAGUUUGUCGUAUUUUUCUUUUGUGUACGUGAUGAACGUCUGAAACUUCAAACGUCAAAUGCGGAAAGAAUAUUGUACGGAACAAGUAAAUACAGUGUUAGAACUUGACUAUUCA